AUGGCAAGGGAUCAUGAGAGAGACAGCAACCUGCCAGCUAUGAUCUGUGGAGCCGUUUGCUUCCUGAUCUCUGGCGUCCUAAUUACCGUCCUCCUCGUCUUUUCUUUCUCCUACGUAGACUUUUACGAGGUGUUUUCCACUGGCCGCUACUUGAAUGGGCCGGACAAGCUGUUCCGCAAGUUCAACACGGAUGCAAAUUAUGUCGAGUACCCACAGCUCAAUAUCUUCACCUCUGACAAGCUGGAUACAUACAUCGACAUAUACUACAUUUACUUCAUCAAGCCACAGGAGAUUGGCGCACUUAAGCUAGAGUUUGACCAGAACUACGACCCCAGGAUCAAGGACGUCGGCCAGUCGGCGCUGAAGAACCGCGCGACGAUGUUUCCGACGGAGGCGUAUUUCCAGAACCGGACACUGAUAGAGGAACAGCUGUACGACGCGCUGCAGACUGCGCUCAUCCCCUACCACGUCACCGUCCCCCAACUCUUCCUGGGGCACGUCAUCAUCCCAGACACUGUCGCACAGAAGCAGCUGAGCUCUGCCAAGCAGUUUGAGGUGUAUGACAGCCAGGCGCAGCUGACGCGCCGGACGACUGAUCAGAUGGUGAAUGCCAUAAACAACAACGCCACCAUCGUUCUGCAGAACGCCAGCUCCCUGGCCUCCAUGACUGUCAAGGUCGCCCAGGCGAGUGCGCUGGUGACUGUGUCGGCGGCGAAGAACAUUGGGCUGCGGAUGCUGUAUGAUGCGCUGAAUGUGACGCGCGGGGACCAGAAGGCUCGCCUGGAUUAUGUGCAGUCGCUGCUCAACAACCCCGCCACCACUCUGCACGUCGGCUAUGACACGCGCUUCCUCGCCUCGGGCCACUAG